AUGAUUCUCGACCAGGUUACUGAUCGGCUCUCGCAACAAGUGUUAUGGUACCUAGUUGGCGCACUUGGAUGCCUUUGUGUCGUCCACUUCGCCGCCAAUAGGUAUGGCACAGGUAUCAGCCACAUCCCAGGACCAGCGCUUGCUUCCUUCACAGAUCUGUGGAGGUGCUUUGUGGUCUGGGGCCGUCGACCCGAGCUCAAGCAUAUCCGGCUGCACGAGAAGUACGGCCCCUUGGUUCGGUUGGGCCCUCGAGUGGUGUCAGUGUCUGAUCCAGCGGCUAUUCCCAUCAUAUAUGCUCUGAAUUCUGGCUUCAUCAAAUCUGGCUUCUAUCCGGUCCAGCAAACAAUAGCAAAAGGUCGCAGACUGUACACCAUGUUCAGCACCACGGAUGAGAAAUUCCACGCUAAACUCAGAAGAGCGGUAUCGAACGCGUAUGCGAUGAGUACCCUGGUUCAAUUUGAACCCUUGGUUGAUUCCACCACAUUGGCAUUUUUGGAACAGCUUGAGGAGAGGUUUGCAGACAAAACAGGUCCCCAAGGCAUAUGUGACUUCUCAAAAUGGCUUCAGUUCUAUGCAUUCGAUGUCAUUGGUGAGCUCACAUAUUCCAAGCGGCUUGGGUUCGUGGAUCGAGGUGUUGAUAUUGACGGUAUCAUCGGGAAUCUGGAGUGGCUUCUCAACUACGCCGCCAUAGUUGGACAAAUCCCAAUCUUGGAUCGUGUAUUUCUCAAGAACCCAUUGCGAUUGUUUGCAAGCCAAGUCGGACUCAUAAGCUCAAACACCCCGGUGGCGACCUUUGCCAGGGACCGGAUCGCCAGACGAGAAGGCGUUGAGCACGCCGAAGAAAAACCAGCAACCAUAUCUGGCAAAAAGGGAACAAGAAGAGACUUUUUGUCAAGGUUCACUGAAGCCCAUCACAAGGAUCCUGAGUUCAUUACCCGGGAACGAGUUUUGGCGCUGACCGUCGCCAACAUGUUUGCUGGUAGCGACACCACCGCAAUCAGCUUGCGGGCAAUCUUCUACUUCCUGUUAAGAAGCCCAGAAGACAUGGAUGGCUUGAUGAAGGAGCUCUGGGCGCAACGGGAGAAUGGGACAUUCUCUGACCCCAACGACUUGGUCAACUGGAAUGAUGUGAGGGAAUUGCCAUAUCUAAGUGCUGUGAUCAAAGAAGCUCUCCGCUGCCACCCUGCUGCCGGACUUACGCUUGAACGAAUCGUGCCUCGUCAAGGUGUCACCGUUUGUGGAAAAUGGAUUCCUGGUGGGACAAUCGUCGGAUGCAGUGCCUGGACUGUGCACAGAGACAGCCUGUUUGGACCGGACUCUGGAAAAUUUCGCCCGAGGAGAUGGCUCGAAGCAUCGCCAGAGCAAAAAAGACAAAUGGACAGUUCCCUUUUCACGUUUGGAGCAGGAUCCCACACGUGUAUUGGCAAGAACAUCAGUUUUCUCGAAAUGUACAAGCUUGUUCCAGCACUGCUAAUGAGAUUCGAGAUUGAGUUCGCAGAUCCCACAAAGCCGUGGAAAGUGCACAACGCAUGGUUCGUCAAGCAGUCCGAGUUCAAGGUGUGCCUCCGACGACGGAGAAAGGGGCAGAAUCCCAUCUAA